CUCUCUCUCCCACUUCACAUUAACACUUCUCUUUCUUAGACUCUCACACACACACACAAACACUUCAAUUUUCAUAAUAAUCACCCAAAAAUAAAACUCAACUACAUUCUCCUUUCUCUCUCAUGUCCACCACAGCUCCACCACCAUCCACCACCGUAACUACCACCGCCGGCGUAGGUCUCGGCUACGGCAUCGCAAUUGCCGUAAGCAUCCUCGUCCUCAUCUCAACCAUCAUGCUCGCUUCCUACAUUUGCGUCCGCUUAAAAUCCCAAGGCCGCCGCAACUCCUUCCAUCUCAACCGCGAAAAUGUAACUAUAAAUCAAAAUUAUAUCAACGGCUCGGGGUUUCAGCCCGAGCCGUUUAUCUUGGGCUUAGAAAAGCCUGUGAUUGAUUCCUACCCGAAGAUGAUACUUGGAGAGAGUCUCCGACUGCCGAAGCGUAAUGAAGGACCGUGUUCGAUCUGUUUGAAUGAUUAUCUUCCGAAAGAAACUAUAAGGUGCGUUCCGGAUUGUCAGCAUUGUUUUCAUGCGGAAUGUGUUGAUGAGUGGCUUCGGGUGAGUGCCACGUGUCCGCUGUGCCGGAACUCGCCUGCUCCGUCGCCAGUGGCUACGCCGUUGUCGGAGCUUGUUCCUCUGGCUUUUCAUGCCAGGUGAUUCGUCAUUUUGUAAUUUUUUUAAGCCAGUUGAUAUUAAUAUAAUUUUAUAUUUUUCACACAAGUUUUU